AUGUCCAAACAGGAUAUUAUUCACGCCUACAGGCAUCUAUAUCGUCAGGGACUGAGAGCCGUUCAAUACUCCAAGCCAGCCCGCUACACUUUGCGAGACCGUCUCCGUCUAGCCUUUCGCAAAGCCUCCGCGUCCGAUUUCGAUACCCAAAAAAUCAACAACACGCUUGAGUUCCUACAGUACGCAACGAUACAGAACGGCUUAGAGCAUAAGAUUGUCAAGAAUCUUCUAUUUGUCUGGUGGAAUCAGGAAAGAGGAGGCAAAGCCAGACCACGGUCAAGGAUCCUGACUCAGGACGAAGUCCAGAUCAAAACCACCACCUUUGAUUCCCUCAAUCAUAACAUACGGAUGCUUAAUGAAAGCAUGGGCAUGUGCAUGCCAGCAAUGACCGUUCGAGACCCGAAUUGA